AUGAUUUGCAUGAUCCAAGCCAUUUGCUCAAAGACAACUAAUCAAAUAGGCAGCAGAAGCUUUAAGUCAACUGCUGGAGUCCGCCAAGGUUGUGCGCUGAGCUCGACUCUCUUCGACAUAUACGUCGAUGAUGUAGAUAAUAUAUGGACAACUAAAGGCAUUGGUAGAACUGUGCUUGGAGGUGUGAGUGAAUUCAAAUAUCUUGGUUACUGGUUCACCGCUGGAGGAACCUUCAAAAAGCACACCAGAUGGCUAGUGGGCAAAACUCAGCAAACCUUAAACUCCACCUGGGGCCUGAUCUAG